AUAUACAGACCAGGCCAAAACAAGAGCAUAAAAACAAAUCUGAGAGACCACAACGCAAAAUUGUGGUGGAGAUCCAACCUCUCCACACUCCACUUUCACUGCCAAAAAGCUGCAAGACCAGACCGACCCGGUAACACUCAUUGCCCCCUCCUACCUAUAUCUCUGUUAGAUUUGCCGGAGAACCACUCUCUCUCUCUCUCUCUCUCCUCAAACGUUUUAUACAACUUGGUGGUGUUUCAUGCAAUAUAUAAGCUGACAAGCAGUUGCACCACAAAGUUUGUGUAUUUAUUAGUCUUUAUAGGGCUCAUUUGAAUUGUUGAUUUAGUUUACAACUUCGGAAUGCUUGCUGUGUCGCCUUUUAGGAGCGCCAUCGAUGGAAGAGAAGGAGAGAUGGAGAAUUUCUUGAUCGGAGAUGGUGAUUUCCUUGAGUUUUCCGGUGGAAAUUUGCUUGAUAUUAUUGAUUUCGAUGACCUUUUCGUGGGCAUCAACGAUGAAGAUGUGUUGCCGGAUUUGGAGAUGGACCCAGAAAUUCUUGCUGAAUUCUCAGCUAGUGGAGGUGAGGAAUCUGAACUGAACACAUCGGUAUCGGUUGAGAAGGUUGAAGACGAUUCGGUGAAAGAGGAAGACAAUUUUUCGGGUUCAGGAUCAAGCUUGAAGCAAGGUGAAGAAAUUGUGAGCACGAGAGAUGAAUCUGUGGCAGUAAAUGGAUCGCCAAAGAAAGCUGAUAAAGGAAGAAAAACAUCAACACAAGCUAAGAAUACUCAAGGGAAGAGGAAGGUGAAGGUGGAUUGGACACCAGAGCUGCACAGGCGAUUUGUACAAGCAGUAGAGCACCUGGGAGUGGAUAAGGCAGUCCCUUCAAGAAUUCUAGAGCUUAUGGAAAUAGAUUGUCUCACUCGCCAUAACAUUGCCAGCCAUCUUCAAAAAUAUCGAUCCCAUCGGAAACACAUGCUAGCUCGGGAAGCUGAGGCAGCAAGCUGGAGCCAAAGACGGCGACUGUAUGGCGACGGCGCCACCGGUAGUGGAAACAAGAGGCAGAUGAGCCCUUGGCUAGCUCCCACCAUGGGCUUUCCUCCAAUGACACCAAUACACCAUUUUAGACCCUUGCACGUGUGGGGUCAUCCAUCCGUCGACCAAUCGUUAAUGCACAAGUGGCCCAAACAUCUACCCCAUUCACCUUCUCCUCCUCCGCCACCGCGGCCACCUACAUGGCCACUAGCUCCAGCUCUUCAUCCUCCACCACCACCACCAUCAGACCCUUCUUUUUGGCACUCACCCCACCGACGGGUUCCAAAUUGUCCAACGCCGGGAACAGCUUGCUUCCCACCGACAAUGGCACCAAUGAGAUUUCCCACUCCGUCUGUCCCAAGCAUUGGUGUCCCGACUACCCCAACUGGACAAACAUACUCCCAUACUCCAUUAAUCGACUUGCAUCCGUCGAAGGAGAGCGUAGAUGCAGCAAUUGGGGAUGUUCUAUCAAAGCCAUGGCAGCCACUUCCUCUUGGACUAAAAACUCCAUCCACUGAUAGUGUGUUGGUGGAACUGCAACAACAAGGAAUUUCAAAAAUACCACCAACUUGCGCUUGAACACGAUGCAUAUCCAACGAUACAAGACUUUUUUUUGAGUUUUUAAGCCGAGAAAAAAUUCCUCAAUUCGACGACAUUUCCAUAAUUUAGAUUUUCUCAUGUAAUUUGUGAGCUUUUCACCCUUUGUCUUGCACUUGUAUGUCCCUUGUUCUUGUGUCCAUGUGUGCAAGAACAACUUAAUUUAAUGUCUUAACCAUGGGUCAUGAAACACAAAAACAUCUUGUAAUCUUUUUAUAUGAGGUUUUAAGCUUUUUCUCUCCCUUUGCAAUCUUGCUAGGUUUCGUUUUGUUGGGUUUUUGUGGAGUCUAGUUUGUGUGUUGAUCCGGAUGAUAACCUAAUCCGAAAUAAUGUUG